AUGAAAGAUCUUAUCAUGGCAAAACCUCAGAAGAUGAAAGUGAUGUUGAAAAUGACAGAUGAAAUAGUGAUUUCUGCUGCAGCUAUAGAAGAUACAAAGAUUUCAGUGAAAGAGAUGAAUAUGCUGUUAAAUAAUGUCUACUAUAUUCUGAAGUUAGAAGUGAAUCUCAUGAGUAUGACAAGAUUAAAUAAGAAUGAUAUCUAUGAGAUGAAAAGGCUGAUUAUAUACAGAGACUUGAUCUGGUUUGCUAUACUUAAUGAUGAUUUUGAACCUGUGAAUAUAUUACAGAUAAAAGAUGACACAAUAUUGACACUAUCUGAUAGAAAUGAUACAAAGGUUAUAGAACUUAUGAUGAUGCAAGACAUUAAAAGCUAG